GAUUUUUUCUGAAACACAAGACACAAAGACAAAGCUCUCUUCUUUCUUCUUCUUCUUGUGAAGUUGAGAAAUGGGUGAGGUUGUGGUGAGUAGUGAGGAAAUGAGAACAGAGAGUGAGAAGCAGAGAAGUACAGAGAUGAAGAACAAUGGCGGAGGUGGCGGUGACUCAUCAAGUGGGGUUGUGAUGAGGUGGGAGAAGCUCUUGCCUGGAAUGAACAUGAGGGUCUUGUUGGUUGAGGCUGAUGACUCCACAAGGCAUAUUAUAGCUGCUUUGCUCAGGAAAUGUAGCUAUAGAGUUGCUGCUGUACCUGAUGGCUUAAAGGCAUGGGAAAUACUGAAGGCAAGGUCUGAUAAGAUAGACCUCAUACUGAUGGAAGUAGAUCUGCCAUCAAUAUCUGGAUUUGCUCUGCUUACACUAAUCAUGGAGCAUGAGAUCUGCAAAAACAUUCCUGUUAUAAUGAUGUCCUCUCAGGAUUCGAUUAACACAGUUUACAAAUGCAUGACAAGAGGUGUUUCCGACUAUCUUGUUAAGCCGAUUAGGAAGAAUGAACUGAGAAACCUGUGGCAGCAUGUUUGGAGGAGACAAGCUUUAGCCAGAAAUAUCCCACAAGAUGAGAGUGUUGGACAAGAAAAGAUUGAAGGUACAUCUGAUAAUGAUGCUGCAAGCAAUCAUUCCAGUGGCUAUGUGGCAUGUGCUCAGAGGAAUAAGGAAGACAUUGAAAAAGGGACUGAUUCUCAGAGCUCUUGUACAAGGCCAGAUUUUGAAGCUGAGAGUGCUCCUGUGGAUAUGCAGGAAUUUUCGCAGCAGAUACAGGCUAAAAAUUUUCUGGAUGACUUAAGAAUGCAGAAAGAUGAAGGGAACACCAAUUGUAGUGAAAAGUUGCUUAUGCAUGAAAAUGAAUCCAGAGGACCAGCAGUGAAUGCCUACAAGGGCAAGUUAGCAGCUCCACUAGGUGAGGUUGCCAAGCAAGGUAGUCAUAGGAGGGAUGCUAAUAUGGAUAGUGAGGCUUGUGAUGAUAACGAUCUCCUUGUCAACUCUUCAAGAAAUGUCACCGACUUCUUUGGGGUAUGCAGUAGUUAUCCAAUUAGCAAUCUCAGAAACUCUUCAUCAAGUAAUAGGCCUAGUACAUAUGAUUCUACUCCGCCGUUGGAUCUUUCUUUGAGAAGAUCAGAUUCCAGUGGCAUUGAGACUCAAGUUACUGAAAAAAGGCAUACUCUGGGCCAUUCUAACGCCUCAGCAUUUUCACGAUACAUCAACAGACCAUUGCAGCCCCAGAAUCCAUUGACUGGCAUAAACGAUCAACAAAAGGCAUACCAAACUACAUCUGAGAAGCCUGCAUCCCCUGUUAAUAUGGAUUGUGAUACCCCUGCUGCUACUUCAAGUAUUCCAAGGAGUGUCAUCACUGUAGCUACUGGUCAGUCUAACCAGUCUGAAAUUGGAACGUCAUGCCCUCAGCAGAGAUUAUUUCCUCUUCCUGUUCCCAUUAAAGGUGUAAGGUUUAACAACCUUUGCAAUGGGUAUGGUACUGUACUGCCUCCAACCUUUUGCACACAGUCAAGUCCAUCACCAAUGCCAAGUUCAGCUGCCCAGCAGGAACCCUCAUUUCUAAUGAGUACAUUUUAUCCGACUAAUCUUCAAAACCAUAAACCAGAGCAUGUGUACGACCCAGCUUAUCAUAAUUCCAAGGUUGCGAUGGAACAGACAAUGCAGCAGCAGGAACAAAGAUUCGAUGAGGAUCGAGGGCAUAUCUCUUCAAACAAUGAUCAGAGUGCAACUAGUAGUUUUUGCAAUGGCAAUGCAAGUCAUCUGAAUAGCCUGGGGUAUGGAAGUGCUUGUGGAAGUAACAACGUUGAUCAGGUGGCUAUGUUCAGGGCUGCUCCAGAGAGCAAGAAUGAAGACAGUGUCUUUAAUCACAGUGGAAAUAAUCGAUCCAUCCAAAGAGAAGCAGCUCUCAACAAGUUCCGGUUGAAGAGGAAAGAUAGAUGCUACGAGAAGAAGGUUCGCUACGAGAGCAGAAAGAAGCUUGCAGAGCAGCGUCCAAGAAUAAAGGGACAAUUUGUUCGUCAAGUGCUUAAUGAUCCUUCACAUAUGGAAGCUGAGGGCAAUGCAUAUGAGGAUUGAGUAGAGGUUUCUUUUAGAGUUUUAAGUUGCACCAUUUUCAUUUCUUGAUGCCUAGAAGGAAAGAUGCCUGGAGAUGCUUGCUGACACCGCUUCCUAUUCAUUUUGUUUUUGGAUGUAUAUUAACUGAUGGUACCAUGUAUAUCCCUUGUAAAAUAGGGCUGUAAAUUUUUAUAUCCUCAUGAAAUUUUCUUAGGGCUGCCUUAGUUAUUCUUUCCCUAUGUACACAGGUUUUGUCAUUCCGACUUACAUGUCAGUUGGUAUACAAACUACAUUUGUACUUGCUGGAUUAUCUUCUUGUUACUAACUACUUGAGGAUUUUGUAAUUGAGAGGUGAGGAGAAAUUGUUUUCA